GCAAUGGUGGGGUCGAGUACAGAAUAUUUUACAGUGCAAAGGGAAAUUUGCGAACCGACUUGCCAACCUUUUCACCAUCGCCGAUGUACAUGUCCAAAAAUGCCAAGCUAUGGCGAACUUUUGGACAAUCACAAUACACUACGCUCUGUACGUGGCCAAUCAAAGGUCAAAACUGUCAAUCAAGGUCUUCCGGCUUAGAAAAUAGAGCAAUAACUUCGCAGCUUCGGUGCAACCGUAAGUUGUUGCGCUCACCUUCUGGUCUCGAGUAAGCACUGCGCAGGUUUAUGCCUCCACUAACUAAAUACCUAAGGGCAGUGUGCACUAGCUAACUGCCGUUUUCCCCUUGUUUAGAGCUAUAAUGUGGUACCACAUCACCCAAUCGGUUUGUCGACUUGCUCGUGGGUGCUUCGCCAAGAGCAAGGUUUCACAAAUUCAUCGCUAACGACAAUCCUCCCAUUGCCUCCAACAGCACCAAAACUUUCGUCGCCUCCCCUUCGCCAAGGAUGCACCACCAUUGCUACUAAAACACCAAUACACAAUUUCAGAAUUUCUGGCUAAGAUUUACGAGUUCGCUGUAUGCUAGCUAGCUGACACCACACUUUUAAACACCAGCAAGAUGAAGUGGCGGCGUCUAUUGAGGAUCAAGAAGAAGGAUGAGCAUGUCAAGGUUCUUGACGACGCCAUCAACGUGUCGAACAGAAGGGCAGGAAUAGCUCCCAAGAAACCGACGUUAACCAUUAGGACUGGGUCCUCCAAAGAAGGCGAUGGCAUGCCUAGAAUCAACAUGGGCUUAACCAUGGCUGAGCUUCAGGACGAGGCCAUGGCCCGUGGAAUCGAAAGACAGUUCCUCCCGUCAAACAAGAAAGAUCUUCUCGAGUUUCUGGUGGACGGUUCCAUUUAUCUUCGAAAGACAAAGACUUGGAUGGAUGUCGAGCGACUCAAGGGGAAGAUGGCCGCUGACUGCAGGCGAAUCGAAGAGCGAAAGUACAGCAAGGACGAAGCCAUUAACGAGAGCCGAGAGGAAGUCUCGACAACCAGGGAGGUUGCAAAGGCCUCCAUCAGAGACGAAAGAGCCUCCAUGCGAGAGAUCAAGACGGCCAUCCGAGAGGUCAGGCAACACCAUUACCAGCAACAACACCAACAUAAACCGAAAGAAGGCUUGCCGGUAGAUAUCACUGGCAGGGUAGUCCCACCACCACCGGAUGCUGACGAACGGAAAUCAACUGCUACUAGUAUCGCAACGUCGGUUUACGACAACAAGACGCCCCCUUGUGAUAACACGGCAUCCAUGAGUCGGUCGACAACUGCCGAUGAUGAUACCGGGGUUGAAGACGUCUUCCCGCCCGUAGUCAACGAACGUCGUGCCGAUGUGAGUGUAGUGGAUAUGCCCAAUACCGUUAAUUGGAACCGAGAACAAAGCACGAUGGAUCUGAGCUCUAUUCAAUCUCCAAGGACAAGUCGAUACAGAGGUCACAGUUUCAAACUCGCAAACCGAAGCAUCUCUUUCCACAGUACAGCACAAGACGAUACUGUCAUGGACAACUUCAUGAAGCUUUUUCCGCUUUGCACCAACAAUGUUUGCAGAACUGGAGGAGUUUCAACAUCAAGAGAGAAGGACGUGGGCGCUGCCGGGAAGAGUGACUUUGAGAAGGAACAGCAGCUGGCAGAGGUCAUCCAAAGACGAAACCAGUGGAAGGAAACUAGAACCAAGGAACAGAUGGAAUUGCAAGAAAAGUGGGAUGCAUUUCUUCAGUUUGAGGCUUGGAUCAUUUCUCCUCCUGAAAAGAACAAGCUAUUGAAAGGAAGCAUGAUGAAAGGAUUCACGGUCUGGUGCAGCAUUUCAUCCGACAUGUCCCGUCAUCCUCCCAAGCACUUUGAUUCCACGUACAAGAACCUCAACGAUGCGAAUUCUCGGGCACGCUAUCUGUUUUAUUGGCGAAACCCAUGGCGUUUGCCUGCCUAUAAGAUGGCCGAAGUUGUGUUGAUCAAGUCUGACAACUCUGCAAUGAGUGGGUGCGCAAGUACGUUCCAUUGCGUUCAUCCUAAUGGCGACAAGUGGAUUGUGUCGGUCGUGAACGAUUCUACGUUCCGGUACUUGGACAAUGCCGUCAUGCAGCGUCACGAACUUGACCUCGUUUGAGAGAAAGUUCUUGAGAGAGGAUGUCAACUAAUAAGCCAGAAGCUUUUUUACCGUUGGCGGUAGAAGGGGCGGGUAGUCUGCCUUGGUUAUUCCCUAUUCUGUCCUCAAUGAAGGGAGGGGUGCCUCGGUUAUUUCAUUUCGUCGUUGUUGUAGACCAGUUUGUUUUACUUUCGUACAUAAUACUACGAUUUCGGGUGUAUGGCGUAGAGCAACUUUUAAAAGAAUAAGCCUAUACUAAGAUACAUCUAUACCUAUG